AUGGUUAGCAUAUCAGAGGAAGAAAAAAACGUGUUUGAUAUCCUUGACAAAGAACGUGUUGGCGCAAUAGAUAUCAAAGAUCUCGGCAGAGGACUUCGCGCACUCGGUCUCAACCCAACCGAAGAAGAAGUCCAAGGCUUCAUUAAAGAAGCCCAGCAAGCUCCAGUCGGCAAGCUCCAAUUUCCUGAAUUCCAAAGGCUCUCAGUCAAGUGCCGCAAAUUAAGCAUAACGAACCAAGAAGACGUUAGAAAGUUUUUCGAGAGUCUUGAUACAAACCAUGAAGGCUUUGUAAAUGCAAAUGAUGUAAAAACAGCCUUGUUAGGCUCUGGAGAACCUUUAGAAGAAGCUGAGAUUGACGCUGUCAUAAAAGAUUUUGAUAAAGGGACUGGAAGAAUUAACGUAAGAGAGCUGGUAGAAGGGCUAUUCAAAGUAAGUCAUUAA